UUAUCAAUCUUGUUUGAAAAUGGAAACGUCAAGCACCACAUCGUGAGGGUUUUAGCAAUCUCCAUUCAUCGUGAGGGUUUUAAGCAGUUUUUUUUUUUUCCCUGAAAUUUGAGCUCCCUUCUGCACCAGACAGUACCAUUUUAGUUGUGAAGGUGGUUAAUUAUGGCGAACAGUGAAGAUUUGGCGCUGGAUUUGGAGGAAUUGAAGCAGAUCCAAAGCAUCGCUAAGAGGCCGCGCGUUAUUUCUCUAAUAUCUUCCGAGAUUCGCAAUUUGGAAAAGCUAUUGAAAGAAAUUGCUUCGGCACCAACAGUUGCCCCAGUUUCCACUAUCAGCCCACCGAAUCCAAUAUCAACAGCACCUAAUCCACUGUUGAGCUAUACCACCCUUAGCUCCUUCAGCUGGGAUCAAGAUAAUGAUCAUCUGAAGAUUUAUGUAUCACUUGAGGGAGUCGAUCGUGAGAAGAUCGAGGCUGACUUUAAGACGAUGUCAUGCGAUAUCAAAUUCCAUGAUGUACAAGGAAAGAACUACAGAUGUGCUGUGCCUAAGCUGAACAAAGGCAUUGUGCCCGAUCAUUGCAAAUUCGUCGUAAAACCUAAACGGGUUGUUAUCACUCUAGUCAAAGCUUCUAAAGGGAACUGGUUAGAUUUGCACUUCAAAGAAGACAAGUUGAAACCAAAUUUAGACAAAGAGGAGGAUCCAAUGGCUGGAAUAAUGGGCUUGAUGAAGAAUAUGUACGAAGAAGGAGAUGAAGAUAUGAAACGAACGAUUGCUAAAGCAUGGACAGAUGCAAGGUCUGGCAAAACAGCAGAUCCUUUGCAGAGCCCAGUAUUCCAGACUGUUGGGUUCUUCGUGGCUGUGGGCUUGUUGGAGCCACUCCUUGACAACUUGCUACUGGAGAGAAUUGAGCAUGCUGAUCCGCGACUUCUCCAAGUCUUUAUCACCGACGACUUCUCGAGCGUGAUGAUGGUACACGAGCGACGAUUUUCCGAUGAUGGGGGUAGAUUCUCGAUGGUGGAAUCCAUCUCCUUCUCCCCGUCGUACAAUUCUCAGCCGACCGAGGCGACGCCACCGAGAUACGCCCGUCACCGUCGAGGAGGGGAAGAACCAACGCCGUUGAGUGAGCCUGCGGAUGCAAAGACAAGGGCCAUGGCUACAGUUUCGGCUCCUAAUCUGGGUUCUGAAAUGAGAGACAAUUGA